UUCCACUUUGAGACUGUCCUUCCUUUCUCAGGACAGAUGGCUCCCAGCAUUGUUUUCAUGGAGCCCGACAACCUGCUGACACCAAAGGAGAAAAACAAACUGAGGAAGCCGGUGGUGGAGAAAAUGCGGCGUGACCGGAUUAACAGCAGCAUCGAGCAGCUGAAACUGCUGCUGGAGAAGGAGUUUCAGAGACACCAGCCCAACUCCAAGCUGGAGAAAGCCGACAUCCUGGAGAUGACUGUCAGCUACCUGAAGCAGCAGAGCCAGCUGCAGAUGAAGACUGCAGGUUCCUUCCAUAAAAGCUCUCAGUUUGACUUCAGAGAGGGCUACUCUAGGUGUUUGCAAGAAGCUUUCCAUUUCCUCUCGCUUCAUAAAGUCCGAACUGAAACACAGACCAAACUCUUAAGCCACUUCCAGAAGAGCCAGUCAGCUGCUACGGAGGUCCCCUUUUCCCCUGGGACCCCCAGCACCCUGAAGCAAGCAUCUCCAAAGGACACCAGUGCUCUCUGGAGGCCCUGGUAGUCAGGGGAGCCCUGACUUCACGGACCUUUGCCUUUUACAGUCCAGGGGAAGGAUCUGACUGCAUCUGAUAGUCCAGCUCUUAUCCUCUUUUCUGUAGGAAAUUUUAUUUCCCCAUGUGUUUUAUUUAUGUGUGAAAAGAAUGGCAUACUUUUGACUUCUGUGGCAUCCUUUGGCAAAAGUUCAGGCAUUCUGUUGAGUGGUGCUGGAGCUGUGUAGCCACUGCUGAUAACAGUGAACAGCAUGCUGCCCAGUCAGGGGGCGAAUGUCUUCAAAAUGAAGGAGGGUAUUUUGUAAAUGUUACAGUUGUGACGGACAAAAAUUGCUGUAGGAGACAUUUCUCUCAUAUUGCUUGUAAGAGCCAUCAGCUUUGCUCUGGCUUGACUAGAGACACUUGUUUGCUCAGUCACUCCGGAGGAUAAAUUUACCACCCUGUAGUUCAUACACACUUGUUUAAAAUCAAUUUCCCUCUGUUUGCUUAUAACUUGUACAGUAUCAAAGAUGGUUUUUGGUUUGUUUUGGAUUUUUCCCCAAUGACCCUUUCCUAGUCCUAGUAUGUAAAGUGUGAUGGAUGAACAGAAGCUAGGGAACUAUGUGGAAUAUUUCUACUGUUUUGCUGCUUUUUUCAAUUUAGAAAAAGAGUACGUUACUGCUUUAUGUUAAAGAAAAGGUAGUAGGUAAAAGGCUUGAUUUGUCAAUGUUAUACAUUUUGGGUGUAAGCUAUGCUUUUUUUUAGCAUUUUCAUUAUAAUAAUGACUUUUGUCUGUAUUGAGUGGUUUAAUUCAUGGUGGAUAGUGUUUCUCCCACUACUGGGACAGCCCUAUGGCUUACAUGCAUACUAUGUAUGCGUCUCUGUGUUUGUAGAGAGCAAUAAAAUGCAUUUGUGUGCAA